AUGCUGCACGAAUACGUCGCAAGCAACAACAUACAAGAAAUCCAGCAAGCUCCGUAUGAACAAAUUGAUUUAGUGGAUGAUAGUGGCUUGACUCCACUUGCAUUAGCGGUCAAGUUGAGCAAUAUCCAAGCGGUGGAUAUUUUGCUUUCAAAGAACGCUAAUCCUUACUCUGCUCUACCUCACGCGACAGACGGUCAAAUGGCUCAAAAACUUAACGCGUCAAUCCAACCGCCACCAUUUUAUCCACCACCAAUGCAACAAUUCUAUCAUUAUCCUCCACCUAUGGAUAUGCAAAUGUAUUAUCCAGAAGAUCAGCAGCAUUCAAACCAAAUUGGCACCUUACCACCACCAGAUAUCGCAAGAAAUAUUCCUUGCAGGUUCUUCCCUGGUUGUCGUUAUGGCAAUGAAUGUAUCUUCAUGCAUCCACAGCCAGCAAUGUACUUACCACCACCACCUCAAUUACCUCCUCAAUUUGAGCCUAUACCACAGCCACAAUCGCAUGCUCAUCAUCCCUUCUAUCAAUUGCCUCCACAAAUGGUUCCUCCUCCAUUCGCUGCUCCACCACCACCAAUGCCACCAAAUUCAAUCCCUGCAGAUCAAUCACAGCAUCCUAUUGAUGAUGCUAGCUCGCCUAUUAAAUCUCAAGAAGAAAGCUCUUUUCAUUCUCAACAAGCUCCCCCAUUCAUGCAACCUUUGAUUCCACAAGAUGCUUAUAUGAUGCCACUUGCUCCACGUCCACCACCAAUGAUGGUACCAAAUCCACAAGAAUUCCGUAAUAAUCGUAAUAUUACAAGAGCUUCAUCAAUCUCAAAGCGUGGUAAGGAUGGUCAACUUCCUCCUUGUUACUUUUUCCCAAUGGGUAAAUGUAGAAAUCAAGAUAGUUGCGCUUUUCCACAUUUACUUGCAGAUGGUACUGAUGUACGUGAUCCUGCACUUAGAGGCACAGCUCCAAUUAAUUCAAACAACUCUCACAAACGUCAAUCAUCACGUUCUAAUAACUUUGAUAAUAAAAAGUUUGCAAAUGGUUUGUCUCAGUUGAAUUUUAAUCAACAAUCACCUAGUUUUAGUGGAAAUAAGAUUCCACCAUCAAUGCCUAAAGCUCAAGCACAAGCUGUGGCGAGUCGUACUCAUUCACCUGCACAACGUGUACCAACACAAGAUGAUUUUCCUAGCUUGUCAUCAAAUGUAAGCUCAUCUUCAGAUAAUGGGAAUUACAGUAGCGUAAAGGAAGCUCCUUCAACUGCUCAGACUACGCCAUCUUCUAGUUUAGUUUUAAAUAACAUAACAAAUAAUGUUACUAAGGAUUUACCACAACAAUCAUUCGCGGCAGCUGCUUCUUCCACGCUGGCCGUGGGCGCAUAG